GGCAAGGGGCACGUGCGCAACAUUCACACGCAGGUCCGAGCGGAUGCUCCUGGGAGGACGUCAGACUUGCAUUCUCCAGAUGCAGAGACUCACUGGGCCGGUACUCCGAAAAUCCUCAAGGUCCGCUGCCAGGGCGACACGUAUUCGCUUCGAGAUGGGACGAGAAGAUAAUCCGGCAGAUAGGGGCAAGAGGUUGGAUGGAAUGAGGCUGAAGGGAUGGACGCUGUGCACGAAAGCUCUGGCGGGGAGUCGACUUCUUCGGAGAAGAAGCGCGAGCGACAGAGAAGAACAUGUAGUCGAAAAGAGGCUGUCGAAGGAAGAGGGUGCGACGACAAGUAAGAAAGCGAGGAGGCCCAGCGGUUUAACCAUCCGCGAGGGACAAGUUAUGGGUGUAGGAGAUUCGGCUCAUCCAGGCGCUGCUGCCGCUUCGGAGAAAUCCAAAAGAAAACUCGCAGCCGAAGAAGACGAUGGCCAGAAGAAACCUCGGCGGAGGAGGACUGCUGAGGCGGCGAGCGGUGGCAAACGGGUUGUCGGUAGGCAGUUCGACGAAGCGGCAGCGUUCUGGCUCGAAUACGAGCGGAACAAUAACGGUGAGAUCGUGGAGAAGGAGCUCCCCGUUCAACUGCUCAUCGACCCCAGGAAGGUCUGCAACAUCCCGGCUUGGGAAAGAUAUUACAACCACCGCAGUCUCAGUCGCGAUAGUGUGGAGGGCAUCAAGAAAGCGAUGCUAAGGCAGUUCCGCGAGGAAAAGAGGAAGAUCUGGACGAAGAACCCUUUGGUUUUGGCACCCAUAUACAAGCGGGUGGCGCGUAGGCCGGAGAAAGCUGAGAGGGUUCACAAAGAUGUCUUCAAGCCAGAGGACAAGGACAAGUACUUCUAUUACCCUGUCAACGGACAACACACCGUGGCUGCUGUGAAGGAGUUGGAGGGUGAGCCAAUAUUCGACUUGUGGAAGAUCCACUCGUGGCCGGCGAGAGUUGUCUGGUUCUCUGACGAGGAAUUCGCGGGGUAUUUGCAGGUCCCGCCGCCUCCGACCAAAACGAAAAUGCAAGUGGACGACAAAUUUUUCGUGGUCGUGAAGGAACCAGACACGUUCUGUUGGCACUGUCUCGCCGACAUGACCGAUGUCGAGAAACUGUCGAUCCUCGACGACAGUCUCGCACUAAGGGGAGUCUUCGUGCAAUCGGCAGGCGGGCAUCUGAAACGUCAACAUAAGCCUGGAAUUAAAGACCGGGUUGCGACGAGGAAAGUGGACCGCAUGAUAGUCCGCAUGUUCCACUAUAUCUUGUUCUUUGAAACGGAGGAGGACGAAGAGGGUUGGCGCUACGGGAGCCAUUUUUUCCGGACCGAGGGGCAGCUUCUGGCGGAGUUCGGACCGCAGGGCCUCACGAAACAGGUGUGGGUCAAACUGCGAAGGCAUUUCCAGGGCGCGGUGGAAAACGAGAAUACUUGCAAACGCACCCUUCCACACGAGGAGUCCCUCGACGACACUAGGAAAAUGUACGAGCAUGACAGGUUCCCUCGCAGCCUAUGGGAGGACGGCGGCGUGACAAGUGUACGUGGACCUGCUUAUGGGGACAUGGAGCGGAACCCGUCCCAUUUACUUGGUCGAAUCGAAAACUUUUGCACAGCUGGGCAAACUGUUUUUUUCUUUGGGAAGGAGCAUGCGUCUGUCGUGUGGGAGCUCCUGCGCAACGGUCAGAAUGUCGUCGCGUUGGAGGACAAGGCGAACAUGAUCGAUUACCUUCAUGAGUUCGUGAAGACACACGUGGCAGACCCUCGCAAUUACUGCUCUUUUGUCCAGACCACCGGCGAACGGAAUUGGGAUCCCAAACGUGACAUGUAUUGGAAAUUGCCAGCGAACAAAAGGACGGAGGUUUGGGACUUCCUUUUCCAACCCGGACCUCCUGCUCAGACCGACCUCGAAUACAGUCGACGGAGAAACUUGGUGUUCGGUGUGCUGAAUGGGUACCACGAUGCACCCAGGGAGUCUGUCUCGAAUUUCCUCAGAAGGCUGGAGCACGUUAACUUCUUGAUGGCCGAACCGCUCACCCUCGAAAACUACAAGGCGCAGUUUGACGAGGAGGACCCUUUCGACGCUGAAGACAUGGAGGAGGUGAGCGACUCCGAAACCUUCGAUUUCGAGUCCAUGCCACUUCCUCGGGUGGUUGGACAGGUUGGUGAUGAAGGGGAAGGUGGUCCUCAGAGAUAUAGCAUGUCCCUUGCCGGUUUGAAUCGUGUGUUUGGACGGGAAAGAGUCGACGCAUUGAUUUCAUUUCACGCUCGAAUGUCGUAUUGACGGAUAAAGAUGCACCACAAUU